UCCAUUGGAAGUCUGAGCUGAACUUACUUUUCUUCUGUCUGUGUAUUGGGUCACAUUUGUCUUCAAAUCACCAUGAAGAUCCAAGUCGUCUCUUUGUUGCUUUUCAUUGCGGUGAUCAGCGCACAAGAACAAAAGAAUGAAAAUCAAGCCAUGUGCCCCGACCAGUAUUUUCAAAAGCACCCAGAGAUCUGGGAUAUGAUCGCAAAAUAUAUGAAGAGUAAUCAUACACAUAACAAAUCCCUCUUGCCUGACUUUUCUGCUAUGGAAGACUGUUCCAAGGAUGGAGACUGCUCUGACGACACCAGAUGCUGCAGAAGCCCUUGUGGAAUGAAGUGCAUGAAAUUAAUUAGAUCUGCAGCAGACUUAGUCAAUUAUGGCAAGAAAAAGUCCCAGAAAAAUCUAAAAGCUGUGGAAGAGAACGAAGACCAUGGGGAAGAGGCAGUGGGAAUUGAAGAUGACAAAAGUCAAGAGAAAGAAGAAAACCAGGGGAUCCAUCGUAGAAAGAGAGAAAAUGAGAGUAACAGCCAUAGUGAAGAAGAGCAACACAAUAAUAAGGCUGAUAAUAGCAGAAGCAAAGAAACUGACUCCAACUCUGUUGAAAGGAAUGGACACGAAAGUAGACAAAAAAGAUCAUAUGGGGUCCAGGGUGAUGCAGUAGUAGUUAGAUCAAAGCGAUCACAAGGGGGAGUAGAAGAAGAACCUGAGAAUAUAGGAGAAGCAAAGGAGAAGGGGAAAGGAAAGGGAAAGGGAAAGAGGAAAGAAAAGGGAAAGGGGAAAGGAAAAGGAAAGGGGAAAGGAAAGGGAAAGGGGAAAGGAAAGGGGAAAGGGAAGGGAAAAGGUAAAGAAGAAUAACUCAAUAACUGCAUUAAGAAAGCAGCACUACUGUAUGCUUUUUUGACUGUAUGCUUUUAUUGCAAACAAUAAAACUGUGCCAGCUAAUAACAAAGUACUUUAGAGUGAUUUUUAUCUCAUUAAUUUUCAGUGGAGAUUUUUUUAGUUUUUAAAUGAACAUGUUAGAGAUUGUUUUACCAUUUAUACCGGCAGUUCCAUAAGAGUGGCCCUAAUUUAGAGUUUUGAACACUCAUGGGUGGGAAACUGGUUCCUUUUACUGUGUUAAAGGUUUCUCUGUCACUGUUCUACUGUAUAAAAGAGAAAGCACACAUGCUCUAUCUCAUUUCUUUCUGGAUUCAACCUGGCCAGACAGGUAGUUGAAGACUGGAGCCUAGACCAAAUAGGCCUAAUAGUAAAGACAGUGUGCAGUUAUUCACUGGAAUAUUCACAGGAGGAUAGGAGUAGUGUAGCUAUUGAACAGCCUGAGCCCCACCAAGGAGAUUAAGUACAUAUUAGAUUCCUGAAUGCAUAACCCAAGAGAGGGACCAACUGUACAGAAUGGGAAAGGCAAAAGGAAAGAGGAGAAAGAUUGGAAGGGUAAAGGAAAAGAUGAAAAUGAGCAGAGGAUAAAAAGAUUAGAUGAGAAUGAUGAGAGUGACAGUGAAGAGUCAAAUAGCCCAGAAAGCAGAGAAAGUAUGGGCAGAGUAAAGCAAAACUCAUCACAUGAAAUGACUGCAACUGAAAAAUAAUAAGCAGGUCAUAAUAAUCUAAAGGGCAGCACAGAGACCCAUAGUUAAUGCAUAUGAAAUACAAACA